AUGGGUGGGGUUGGCAUUUACUACCAACCACGAUACUCAAAAGUGGACGAUUAUCGACUGAAUGGACUCUUGAUCGGAUUCACCGUGAUAGGUUGUGUUCUAUUCGUCACAGCUGUAUUCGGGAUGAUAUCCGCGUUCGUGACCAACGUGUGCAUUCUCCUACUGUACGUUAUUGUUUUGAUUCUGGUCAUCAUUGCGCAAGCCGUUUGCGGAUUUGUUGCUACGGCGUACCGGUCAAAUGGUGAAAAUCAUAUAAUCCCGUCUAUACGAAAGUACGUUACGAAUUAUAAUACGGAUCCUGAGUAUCGGCAAAUAAUGGACAAUAUUCAAACUGAUUAUGGUUGUUGCGGUGCAUAUGGACCAACUGACUACAAGGAUACUAGAAUUCCAGAAUCCUGCUACAAAGAUGGUACACUAUUACAACUCGCAAGGGCACCACAUAGGCAAGUUGUAAAUCAGGGGGAAAAUCCCGGUCCGAUCAUGUUCGAAUCGUUCAGAGCUGCAUUGAAUGACUGA